AUGAAAUUAUAUUAUUUAUUAAUUUGUAUUAUAGCAAUAUUUAUUACAAUUACAAAUUCAUUGGAAUUUAGAACAUAUAGUGGUGAAAAUAAUAAUAUUAGAAAUCCAAAUCAAGGUGCGUCAAACAAACCAUUUACAAGAAUUUCAAAACCCAAAAAAUUUAAUGUUAAGGAUUCCCCUGCAAUCACUACAACAAUACCAAGAGUAGUUAGUAAUGUUGUAUUUGAUCAAACUCAAAGAAUUACUUCAAAAGAACAUCUAACUGAUAUGUUUAAUGCUUGGGGAAGAUUUUUUAGUCGAAAUAUUGCAUCUGCUAAACCAAAUGAACAAAACAAAUGGCCUAUUAUAGUACCAAAAUGUGAUCCUUAUUAUGACCCAAAAUGCACCGGAUCAAAGACUAUGGAUUAUUAUAGAAGUGAAUAUACCCAAAUACCAUGUACUGAAGAAGGAACAGUUAUGGAAGAAGAUGGUAAAUGUUAUGAUCAAAUCAAUGGUGUAAGCUCUUAUCUUGAUGGGAAAUCUAUAUAUGGUAACAAUGAGGAUAUUUGUCAAAGUUUAAGAACACACCAAGGUGGUGAAAUGAAAAUGAAUCAAACACCAGAACUAGGUGAUUUACCACCAAAGAAUGUACCAGGUGUUCCAGUAGAUAAUGAAGGUAACCUUUUCCCAACAGAACAAUUGUAUAGUGUAGGUGAAAGAAGAGCCAAUGAGAACCCAGGUCUUCUUGCAAUUCAUACACUUUUUUUAAGAGAACAUAAUAGAAUCGCAAGAAGGUUUGCCAAAACCUAUUCUGACUGGGACGAUGAAACAAUUUUCCAACGUUCUCGUUCAUGUAUCAUCGAACAAAUUCAGAAGAUUACCUAUGAAGAGUAUUUACCACUUCUUUUAGGAUAUUUCGCAAACUAUACAGGUUACAAUCCAAAUAUUAAUUCUCAGGUUUCAAAUGAAUUCUUUUCAACAGCAUUCAAGUUUGUUCAUAGUGAAAUGGCAUCCAGCGUUGAAUAUUAUGAUGAAGAUGGUAGCCGUUUACAACCACUGCCACUAAAAUUCUCUUUUUUUAAUCCCCACGCUUUAAACCAAGGUAUUGAACCUCUUAUACGUGGCCUAAUCCUAAAUGAAGAAGAGAAUGUCGACACCAGUGUAGUUUCAGACCUUAGAAAUAAUUUAUUUGGUAAACCAGGUCAAGGUGGUUCGGAUUUGGUCAGUAUAGAUCUCCAAAUGACACACGAUCACGGUAUUCCACUAUACAACUCACUAAGAAUGCAACUAGGUCUCAGAGUUGCCACCAAUUGGUCCCAUAUUACAAGUGAUGAACCAACCCAAAAUCGUUUAAAGCAAGCAUAUAAAACAGUAGAUGAUGUUGAUGCUCUUACAGGCGGUCUUGCCGAAGAUCAUAUGCAAGGUAGUUGUGUAGGUCAAUUAUUCUAUUCAAUCAUAUAUGAACAAUUCUAUAGAACUAGAGCUGGUGAUAGAUUUUGGUAUGAAACUCCAUCCAUUAAAAUACUUAAUCGUGAAUGUGGUACCACUUCCUUUUCAAAUAUAAUUAAAAGAAACACUUUAAAUAUUGGUGAUAUUCCCUUAAAUGUUUUUAAAAAAUAA